AUGAUUGCAGAUUUUACAUCAUUGUUGCUGGGAUUUAUUUUGGAAAUUGAAGAUGUCUCAUCUAAUCGAUCGUGUUUUUAUUUUGAUAUUUCGAAUUCUAAUUGGAACAGUAAUUUAAUUGCCGCCGUGCCUCGAUUUCAUUUCACUUCCGAAAGUUUAUUCGAAUUUGGCGAGACAUAUGACAUUAAGUUGAUAAGUUUAUCGCGAAGAAAAAAUCAUACAACAAUUCUCCGGAAACAUGUCUUGAUGCCUCAUCAUCCUGAUUAUUAUAAUGAUACGGUCACUGAACACGACUGUAAACAAAUAUCAAAUUUGCAAGCAUCACGAUGGACUGGUGGUUUUCGACGUAUUUUGGUGCAUUCAUUAGCACGAAUGAUUCAAGUUGAAUUUGUGGGUGCACCACCUCAUUACUGUUUCGAAGGUUAUGAGGUACGAUUGAAGGAUGAAAGUGGCCUAGAAUUGCUUCAUAGUGCAGUGGUACCAGUGGAAUUGAUGUAUAUGGAACACUUUGGCAAUCAAACUAUGCUUUUUGGCCAGUAUAAUUUUACCAAUUUGGAGGUGGAUCAGUAUUUCAUGCCAUCUGUUAUACCGAUAGAGCGCUCCCGCGAUGGUCGUUGUCUUUGUCCGGUAUUAAGCACUAGUCCUUUUGAUAACCGGAUGGUGUGUUCUUGUAUCGCUGCUGACUGGCAUAAGGUUCGAAUUCAAAGAAUGGAAAAGCCACUAGCCAUUGCGCCAGAACUAGAACGAAAUAAUACUUUAAUUUUCCGUGCUAAGCAUAGCGCUUCCGGAUAUAUAUGGGCAAUAGUAUUCACAACAAUGCUUUUAGUUAUAAGUUUGAUGAUAUUUUUCCUACUUUAUGUCCUAUACUUAUAUCAUGUUCGUCGUCGACUAACCAAUAAAACUCUACGAAUACGAUUUGUAACGGAUCGUCCACCUUCAACAACAGCCUUGGCAACCUUAUCCAGUAGUAAAACACCUUUAAUUCAUAUUGCACGACUUAAUGUUUUACUGAUUUAUUCGCAUGACAGUUUGUUACAUGAAAGGUGUGUUCUAAUCUUUGCGGAAUAUUUGCGGAGCAUAUUUGGUUUCGACGUUCACUUGGAUGUUUGGGAUAUUGCUGAAAUUGAGCGCAAUCUUCUGGAUUAUAUCAGCGUGUCGAUUUUGAACGCUGAUAAAGUAAUUAUUAUCAAUUCUGAAGGAGCAUAUUAUCAUUAUCGAUGUAAGAUACAACAAGAAUAUCGUAUUAAGCGAAAGGAUCCCGAACCACUCGAUGAUUUAUUCGACAGACAAAUUGAUCAAGCAUUAGUGCAUUCAUCGGUUAUAUCAAUUCGAUUCAGAUAUACGCUACCAUUAUUCGUUCUACCACCGUUAAGUUGCUUGUUGCAGUAUAUUAUCCCCGACAAUAUUGCUGCAUUAAUUUCUAAUUUAACCGAUUCAGAUACUGAAAAUGAUUCACAAAUUUUUGCAUACAGUUCGGUGUACGCAAAAUUAAUGGAAGCUAUUACGGAAACAUCAAAAAUGUUGGAAAAUGAUCCAAACUGGUUUAUUAACACUCAUUGGCGUGUAGCACGUUCAACAACUAUUCAUAAACUGAAUCAGGUUUCAAUAUCGCAUAGUAUGGAUAAACUUAUUGAGGAAUCAGAGAAUAAUGAUGUCACGAAGCUACAGAUAUUAACCCAACCAAAAAUAUCUAACUUUGAUGGUAGUAGGAGCAUUUCCUCCGAAAUAUUUCCCGAGUUGGAAAGUUUAACAGAUGCCGUACAAAUCGCAGUUGUCACAGCAACCAACAAUGAUACUAACGAUGAGCAUGACAUGACAGAUCAGUUCGACCAAUUGAAUAACUUUCCGAUCAUUGAUGACAGUAAUUCGUCUGAGAAAAGGAUGUGCAAUGAGGGACAUGCAUUGAAUGAUUCUGGUUUUAUUUCUGGAAAAGAUAUCACGAAUAUCUAAUUUUCGCUGUUUAUAAUAUACGAAUAAAU